AUGGGACCUUCUGACUCUCCAUAUGCUGGUGGUGUCUUCUUCCUCUCCAUUCAUUUCCCAACCGACUACCCAUUCAAGCCACCCAAAGUCAACUUCACAACAAGGAUCUAUCAUCCAAAUAUCAACAGCAACGGAAGUAUUUGUCUUGACAUAUUGAGAGACCAAUGGUCGCCAGCACUGACCAUAUCAAAAGUGCUACUAUCUAUCUGCUCAAUGUUGACAGAUCCAAACCCUGAUGAUCCUCUGGUGCCUGAGAUAGCACAUGUGUACAAAACGGACAGGGCCAGGUACGAAGCUACCGCUCGGGAAUGGAGUCGAAAAUAUGCCAUGUAG